CCCACUUCCCUUUAGGAAUCCCUUGGAAACUGGUUUGGAGUCAAAAGUCGUUGCAGCCUGUACAUAUUCGACGUUUAUAAACUGUCCCGCGCAAUAACAACAACGGCUACAGAAAGCAAUUAGUGAAAUUCACAUUUCGCUUCUAGACACACUCCAGAUGGCCGACAGUGUCAAGAAUGACGACUUGUCACAGGUAGCCAACCAGUCCGACAAUGAGAACCAUUCUCAUUCAAAGCAGCCAUUACCGUCUAUACAUCCUGACGAUGCGCGAGAUAAAGUAUUUACCGCCAUUAUGAAGGCUCUCUUAAAGGUCGGAAACAAGCCAAGUUCCCCUCGAGAGCUGUCCAAUGUGAUCACAAAGUACAAAUAUGCUACCUUGGGCGGUGCAACUCCAUUUGCAACUGUAUCAUCACGCAUAUCACAGCACUUUAAAAGAGCCGCUGAGCAUAAUCCACCUCGUGCGCCACUGCUCGCGAAGCAUGUAGACCAGCGCCACGCUCGAAAGAUUAAUUACUCUUUGGUAACAGAUUCCAUACAAUCAAAGUCACCAGAUUCACCUUCUUUGACGCCCAGUUCCAAAGCAAAGAAAGAGCAAGAAAAACCCGAUCAUAAUAUUGGAUUAUCGACGAAAAGAGGCACCGAAUCCUCUGAUUCAUCACCGUUGUCUUCUGAAGAAGAUGAAGCGAAACCUCCAGCACCAGAGGUAGUUCAUCACACGAGAAGCAUGGACAAGAGAAAACGGUCUAUUAGCAAGGCUAUUCCAGUCAAUUCUCCACCUGAAAAACCGUCGGUACGAACACAUCGACCAAGGCGAAAGACAAAUUCUCAAUACGCACGACGAUCCGAAAGUGAUAAUGAAGCUGACGAUGAGGCACCACACCCUGUAUCUGAUAACGAGGCAUCACCAUUGCCCAAGAGGCAACGAAAAUCUUCCAUGGUACCUUCCUCGACCCUUUCAGAGUUGUCUAGUCAAAUUACACCCUCUACAACCAAUGAAGUAUCAACAUCAUCUUCCACACCCGCUCAACUUAUACAUGCUACUCGUAUGAAUGCAGAAGAGUCAGAAUCGGAUUCUGAGUUUUCCGAUUAUCAUGAGGAAAUGCUAAAAGGGGAUUUAGUCAUGGAAGAUGUAGCCCCUACUGUCACUGUGGAAAAGAAAUUGUCCAGUCGUCGAGCGACUGUAAAGUCCACUGCUAUUCCACACAACAAUACAACCACUUCCACUCAUACCGCCACUUCAUCCAUUCAACCUCAAAACAACGAUCCACAAUCUUCCCCCCAAUUAAACCUUCCUUCCUAUACAUCUCCCAAAUCAUCACCAAGGUUGAAUGCCAAAAAGUCUAACAAUGGUUUACUAGGCGAUCAAGAUCUAUGGCUACCAUACUCCUUUGAUCAAGAUUUUGACAAUGUCUUUCUAUCCGACAAUUCUUGCGUAGGCAACAACGUACCCCUCAAUAUUGCCACACCCGAAUCCAUUUCGGUAUCUGAACUCGACAACUAUUUUGCAAGUACGACAAAUGGUACCCGCAAAUCGAUGACCCUCGGCAACCAUCAGCGACGGCCGAACAAUAUCAAUGGCGACUUUAAAGGUAGUCCACUGCUUCAAAAGGUGCUUUUACCGAAGCAGCCCAUAAACGACGAAAGUGGUAGCACGCAUCCGCAGGCGGACGUACCUACUGAACACCGUGAAACAGUGGAGACCGAUACCAUGGAAGAGGCACCCUCUUCUCCGGCACUUGAAACACCAGACGAUUCAUCGAUUGGCUCAAGUGACGAGGAUGGGUAUUCAUCACGACGCAUACAGCCUUACCAUAUCGUGGAGAAAGUCUUUGGCAACCUGCGAGUUUAUGAACUUGAUUCUCCUGGCGAUAUUCCCAACACCAAGGUGAUGCGAUUUAUCUCGACUACAGAUGGUUCUAACAACAAUAUUGCUCGACGAACGAGAAAUGCUGAAAUCAAAAAGUCAGUUAACAGUCAACAUUUUUAUCUGGACGAAGGUUAUGUAAAUGCAACUCAGCUACGCAAAGCGGCACAGCCCGUUCUUGGUAAAGGGUCAUUCGACAUAGAAGCUGAAAGCGAAAGAAAUAAUGCGGUUGUGACUAUUACGAGCGGGCAUAGUGAAUGUCGAGGAGCAUGGGUGCCGUUACAUCGUGCACGUGAGCUUGUUGAAGAAUACGAAAUUGAAAGCUCUCUGGGUCUGAUGAAGUUGUUGAGUGAUGAACCUAUCCGAUUGGAAAACCAGAAAGAAAUUCAAGAUGUGACGGAUAAACUUGUAGCUAUUUCAAGUUCAACUGUAUCAACGCCACCAAGCCCAAGAUCAUUGGAAUGCAACAGCCAACCAAACGGUUCACCCACGGUAGCCAUGAUGACGACUGCAACCGCCGAAAGCAGUGAAGAGUUAUCAUCGGAACAAAUCUCAGAAAGCGAGGAUGAUGACAGCUUUGUAAAGUUUGAGGACGCAGAUUCCAAAACAGAGACUUUUGUCAACACCCAAGCAAACAUUGCUCCAAAUGUCGCUAGUCGAAUUGCUUCCUCUGUUGCACCGAGUACAGGGGCAUCUGCACCCGUGAUUCCAUCAACUUCCAGUUUGGUGUCUGCUAUGACCACUAGCCCAGCCACAGCCGCGGCGGUUGCAGCCGCUUCGUCAAACGUCCAAUCUACGGUUCUCAGUGCGGUUGAGAUCCUCAAGACGCUCAACAUUUCCAAUUUGAACCUUCAAACACUACACCAAAUCGCUGCUGCCAUACCAAAUUUAGCCCACCUCGCGCCAACGAUAAAGUCUGUGUCUGCUUCUACGAAUGGCAAACCGACCAGCAACUCCUCAUCACCAACACUCGAUAUCAAAGCGGCGCUAUCCCAUUUUUCAGCUUUGGAGGCACUUUUGAAAAAAGAACCUUCUAAAGCACCCACCACAACUGAAUCUACCCCCACGUCACCUUCCAAAGAUGCCAAUCAACCUGUAAUUAUAUCCACGACGGUUCCGACCACCCCCCAUAUGUACAUCACGAUCAUUGAUAACGUUGCAGUGUACGUUACGGUUCUGUCAGAAGCAAAUGGCGUGGAAGGUGAACAUCUCUUGAUGCGACGAGUGGAUAAUGGCUAUAUCAAUGGUACUAGCUUACUCAAGGCUGGAGGGAUCGAAACGGAACAAGAAAGAAGUAUUGUUCUGAGCUUGGAAGUAGGUCGUGUACGUAUACCCAACAAGGCCAGUCGACUUCAUGGCACUUGGAUCCCCCUUAGACGAGCUCAAGCACUGGCAGCGACGUGCUCACUUCAACACAAAUUGGGAGCUUUUUUGAACGAUACCAUCGAUACCUAUUUCCCCAAUCCCUUGCCGAUCUCCCUUCCUGUUAGCAAAAAGUCACCAGAAGGUCGACUGACCGCUGUGACACUGACCAGUCUUCGGAGUAGCACUGGAUCGUCAAAAAAUGGAUUCUUGUCGCACCAACAGGUCAGCAGUUCAUCUGGACCUAGCUCGCCCAAUAAUAACAACAACAACAACAACAACAACAGCGCUCAACUGCAACAACUUCUGCUUUCGCAUAAUCCAAGUCAUUCUCUUAAUCUCAAAGCGCCGAUGCUUGGAUGUUUUGAUGAAGAAAAGAAAUCUCAUCGAAAGAAGAAACGAGAAAUCUCCGUUGUCAGUAGCAGCAACAGUUGUGGUGGAAUUGCAAGUCCGAAUGCAAGUGUAUUGUCACCUGUCACCAUCAAGUCUGGGCCAGCUUCUGAUGAUGCCAGCCCUUCACCCCCACGACACAAUUUACCUACCCCCGACAACGAUGCUGCGGUGUCACCCUCAUCAAGCUUUGUGGAUGUAGUCGAAUCGGACGAGGACACCGAUACCGAUACCGAUGUUGAAGAAGUACGUGAACAUAUGAAGAAAAUGCGUGCUGCUGCCAUGGAUGCCAUGGAGAAUGGUAGCUCAAUGGAUUUGGAUGAAAUCAUCAGUCGUGCUCGUAGCCCUCUUGCCUAUCGGUCGACACUUUCGGUCAGCCAAGCCACUCCGAAGCGAACCACCCGAUUAUCGUCUAAACGAUCUCAGCGAAAAGAUAUACGAUCCAUCAUGGAAGACGAUGAUGACGAUGACGAUGAAGAAGACGAAGAUGAGGACGAUGAAGAUGUUAUGGUUACUGCUUCUCGAAGACCAGCUGCUACUCGACGCACGUACAGCAACGUCUAUAAUCACCACUCUACGUCUCAUCAUCGUAGUCUUCAUACCUAUGGACGUCGAAAACCAACAGGAGGAAAAUGGGCUGGUGGAGGUAGUAAACUGUCUCCUGGUAUGAUCAAAAAGAGCGCGUCUUGGAAUGGAUCCAUAUCCAAAUCAUCCACCAUUGUGUUGCCAAGUCGCCGCAAUACAACCAAGUCUUCUGAUGCUCGCAAAACGACAGCAACAACCACCGAAUCCAAUUUACCCAAGUUGACCCUGAUUGUGCCUUCUCCUAUAUCGGAAAAGUCUGCCACUGUUAUCGAAGAAGACGAGGAUGAAGAGAUUGACAUUGGAGGCAGUGAUCGCGAUGACGAUUUGCGAUGACCUCUAAACCUUUUUUUACUUAUUAUUAUUUCAGUAUACAUAUUCCCCCUUUUCUUCCCCCCUCUCUUCGUCUCUUUGCCAUUUUACACGCAUAAAUCAC